AUGUUUUAUUUCUUACAGAAUUCCCCUCUUUUCUACUAUUCAUGCAUCGUUUUAAUAAUUCUCACCGGUUUGAAAUGGAUUUAUACUCUUUUCAAGACCAAUAGAAAUUUACCACCAUCUCCACCAAGGCUUCCGAUCAUCGGAAACCUCCACCAACUAGGGUUGAGCCCCCACCGCUCACUUGAGGCCCUGUCCAAAAAACAUGGUCCACUCAUGUUGAUACACCUUGGCAACGUGCCCAUGCUUGUUGCCUCCUCACCUGAAGCAGCCAAAGGGAUCUUGAAAACCCAUGAUUUGAAAUUUGCAAGCCGACCCAAGUUAAGAAUUCCCGACAUACUUUUGUAUGGCUCCAACGACAUAGCAUUUUCUCCUUAUGGAGAGUAUUGGAGGCAAUUGAAAAGCAUCGCUGUAGUCCAUCUUCUAAAUAAUGAGGGAAAAGGAAGUGGCUUUUAUGGUUGA